AAGAAGUACCGUAUUUAAUUUCUAUCGCUCAGUCGGCAUAAGCAGAACCGGCAGAAAGGCUGGCAUACAAUUUCUGACAAGGUUUCUUCGGAGUUCAGCUCGCAGAAUCUGAGGGCAACACUUGUAACAAUGAAGCAGGCAGUGGUGCCAACGCUCGCGGGGCAGUGCCGGGAGUAUAAGAGGCGCUGGCUGAUGCUGGCAAUAUUUGUACUGUGCUCCUGCACCAACGCCAUGCACUGGAUCCAGUUCUCAAUCAUCAGUAACAUCGCGACGCGCUAUUUCAACGUCAGCAGCAAUGCCAUCAACUGGACUGCUGUUAUUUUCGGGGUCUCCUAUGUCCCGUUCGCAUUCCCAGCUUCCUGGUUGCUGGACCAAUAUGGUCUGCGCGUGACCCUUGUGUCUGGUGCUGCCGUCAUGACGUCCGGUGCCUGGAUCAAGGCGCUGUCCGUGGACCCCGACAGCUUUUGCCUGGCUUUCCUUGGCCAGACGCUGGUGGGAACGGCGCAGGUAUUCAUCCUGGGAGUGCCGGCCCGCCUAGCCGCUGUCUGGUUCGGACCCCGUCAAGUGUCGACAGCCUGCGCUCUGGGGGUAAUUGGCAAUCAGGUUGGAGUGGCCCUCGGCUUUCUGAUUCCCCCCGCCGUCGUGAAGAACCACGAGGAACUUAUUGACGUUGGAAGGGACCUCAGAGCCCUCUGCUACGGCUUGGCCAUCUGCCCCACCAUGGUACUUGUUCUGCUCCUGCUGUUUUUCCAGAAGGAGCCGCCACUGCCACCCAGCCCUGCUCAAGCAACUCUGAGGUGUCAUGCCCCCAUAACGGACAAGAGUGCGGACAGACAAACAUACCUGCAGUCUCUGAAGUCGCUGCUCACCAACAGGAACUUUGUGCUGCUGCUGCUCAGCUACGGCAUCAACGCCGGGGUGUUCUAUGUUGUGUCGACACUGCUGAAUCAAAUAGUACUGCUGCACUUUGCUGGCGCAGAGGAAGAUGCUGGCAGAAUUGGCCUGACAGUUGUUCUAGCAGGGAUGAUGGGGUCUCUUCUUGGCGGUAUUAUCCUUGACAGGAUGCACUGGUUCAAGCAGUGGGCACUGCUAGUGUACUUGAUGUCACUUGUAGGUGUGCUGGCAUUCAUGUUCACACUGAAAGUAGGACACAUCUGGGCAUCCUAUCUGACAGGAGGGCUCCUUGGGUUCUUCAUGAUUGGCUACCUUGGGAUUGGGUUAGAGUUUGCAGCAGAGCUCACCUAUCCAGUCCCUGAAGGAACUUCAUCUGGAGUUCUCAAUGUUUCAAGCGAGAUAUUUGGCAUCACGUUCACUUUGAUUGGUGGGGAACUUCUUAAUGCUUAUGGUGACAUGGCCACCAUCCUUACCCUGGCGGGCCUGCUGGUUGUGGGUCUUGGCAUGACGACGCUAAUAAAUGGAACAGAUCUCAGGCGGCAGGCAGCAACAGCUGUUUUAAAAAACCAGACAACAUGCACCAAUAUAUCAGGCUUCAUACCCAGCGUUACACACAAUUCAGUGCUAUUUCCAACAAGUCUUUCGGGUUUCCCAUCCUAGAUCCAUUUUAAAAAUGGUAUGCUACAAAUCUGUGAUAUGAAGAAGUUGGAAUUAGGAGGAACCUAGUUUGAAUCUUGGUUCCCUCCAGUUAUCUUGACUGAAGUCCCUUCGUCUCAUGACGCAAAUGUUGUGAUCAUUCAACUGUCUACUGUUUGGAGUGAAAGAGGUCAUGGACAUGUUAGUGGAGUCUUGACUGUGAUAAUGGAAGGACGUGGAUAAUUUGAGAGCUGUACAUUACCAGCAGUGGGAUAUGUGAAGUGCCUGCUGUAAAAUUAACAACAGUUGAAAGAUGUGUUCCAUUUUAUAGAAUGCAUACUCCAAGAACAUGUUUUACAUGCUUUUGCAUAUCACACUCAUGUUAACGUUCAUUUGUGCAGAUGCAAGUCUAAGGUUGAACACAACAUAUAUUACUACAUACAUUGCACACAGACUUUCCUUGUAUUUCUAAAAAUGUAUAAAAUAAAGUAGGUCUGCAUGA